AUGAUGGAUGUUCUGCAGUUCUUCCUCUGUAAUGAGAAUUCCAGGGCACACACGCUCGUCUAUAGCCCCGAUGUUGCAGAAAAACGCCAGUUAUUCACCCAUUCCGCGUCUCCUAUCAUCAGGGAGGUGAGCGAAGAUGAACGUGCUCGCCGUGCUGAGAAGAAAAAAGAGAAGAAGGAAGAGCGAAAGCGCAAAAGAGAAGAGGAGCAGAAACGUCAGGAGGAGCUGGAGUAUCAGAAAUGGCAAGAAAUGCAGAAGAAGAAAGAAGAGGAGUUGAUGAAGGCAGAGGCUGAGCGUAGAGCCGCUGAAAGGAAGGCUGCAGAGGAGAGGAAGAAAGAAGCUGCUCAGGCAGCUCAAACUGUAGGUAUUUACUGUUCUGUUGACGUUCUCGAAGAGGCCAAGAAGGAGAAGGCGAAAAAGGAGAAGAAACAGGAUGAAAUCGAAAAAGUGGUCACCAACACCACUGUUAAAGUGGAGAAGACCACACCCAAUGAGGCUCCUACUGUUCCGGAACCAAAACUAUCUGAAGAGACCGAAAAGAAAAAGAAGAAGAAGGAAAAGGAGCCAGUUGUUGAGAAAAAAGAAAAAGAGAGCAGUGUUGAUAAGGAGAAGGUGCCCCGCGCUGAGAAGAAGCAAAAAGAGUCUAGCGCUGUGAAGAAGGAGGAGAAAGCCACCGUUGAGAAGAAAGAGGAAAAACCCAAAGUUGAGAAGAAGGAAAAAGAGCAUAGCUCUGAAAAGAAGCAGAAAGAUUCUGGCAUUGAAAAGAGGGAAGAGAAACACACAGUUGAGAAGAAAGAAGAGAAAUCCGAUGCUGAGAAGAAGAAAAAAGAGCAGAAUGUUGAAAAGAGGCCAAAAGAAUCUAGCAUUGAGUUGAAGGAGGAGAAAUCUAGCGCUGAGAUGGAGACUAACGUUGGGGAAAAGGGAAGGGAACCCGUCACGGAAAAAGAGACCGCUCCUGUGAAAAAGGAACAGUCUGCGACUGAAACAGCUCCCAUCCUUCUCGAAGGGGCGCAAGGACAGGAAGUGCACACGAAAAAGAAGGGAUCUCGGGGGAAAAAGAACUUUGAAAGCGAGUCAUCCGAUCUUCAUAAUGGACACGAGGAAAAGUCUUUAAGCAGCGAUUUGCAAGCUGACGGGGAACGUCGACAACAUGCUGAUGAACCUCGUGAGGUGCAUCCAAAAGAGAGUAAGAAAGGCAAGAAGAACAAGAAGAACGAGAGUCAAGCGGCGGAUGUUGCCAACGGACAUGUUGUGAAUGCUGCAGCUGAUGACUCUGGCCACGUUGUCGAUUCUGCUCCAAUUACUGAUGCAGCAAAUGGCGGUGUAAUGCAUUUUGAUGGUGAGAAAAAAAAGAGUAAAGAAAAGAAGCAAGAAACGGCUGCUCUACUCGAUUCAUCUGAAAUCAAUCAAACCACAGACGUUGUUCUUGACAAGGAUGAAUCUUCGACUAAGAAGAACAAGCAAAAAGAGAAGAAAGCGAAACAAUUAUCACCAGGUAUUGAGGUAAUCACGGAAGUAACUGUUGUUACUGAAACAACCAAGUCAGAUAAGGAAACUCCAGUUGACCAAUCAUCUCCUCCAAUUCAAGUACAUGAAGUGACUAGUACUGCCAAUGAGAAUGGAAUGAAGGAAACAGUCCAUACCAUCACCGCCACUAUCAAUACCACAUCUUCAACGAGCCCAACCCAAUUUGCCCAGAAUGUUGAAAAACUGGUCUCGCACACUCUAAAGAAAGCCAAGCACGACAUCGUUGAUAUUGAUCCCAGCGUAAAGAUGACGAUCGAUGCUCAACUUGUGAAACUGUCGGAGAGGAAGCCGGAAGUAGCGACGGAACAUAAGAUUCACAUCACCCCUCUUCCUCUUGAACUUCACUACUCAAGGCCUACGACGCCAUCAAGUCGCGAACGAGUAUAUAAGCUUCUUCCACGCGAUAUACUCUUCUGCUCCAGUCUUAUAGACGCCCAUGGCGAGGAUUAUGCUGCAAUGGCCGCUGAUCCAAAGAAUAUUUACAAGGAAAAUGCACGAGCAAUCCAGAGAAAAGUUAGGAUUUUCAAGGUAACAUUGAUCUUUGACUGUUAUCGUUUGAGUAUACUAAGGAAUCUCCUCACUACCAGACGUACCUCCGCGCCAAAGAAGAAGGCAGAACAGUCGAAGAAAUCUUGGCAGAAGAGGGACAAACGUAAUUCCACAGAAACUCCCAUACGAAUACCACCGGCUCCUGUUGUAUGA